AUGGGGAAACAAACCGUGGCGGUGAUUGGUGCAGGCCCUUCUGGGCUCUCGAUGCUCAAGCAGCUCCGCGACGAUGGCUUCGCGGUCUCGGGGUUCGAGAGGCGCGACCGGGUCGGCGGGCUGUGGGCGUACUCGGACAACACGUCCUACACCACGGCGCUGCCGCGGACCAUGGCCAACAUCAGCAAGUUCACGUGCGGCUUCAGCGACUUCCCCAUGCCGGACAAGUACCCCAUCUACAUGAAGACGGAGCACUUCCAGGACUUCAUGGAGAGCUACGCCAGGCACUACGACACCCUCAAGGACUGGAGCCUGAACUCGACCGUGAAGAAGGCGUCGCGCAACGCCGACGACACCAAGUGGGCCCUCGAGGUCGAGACGGCCGCCGAGGGCGUCAGGACGCUCGAGUUCGACAAGGUCGUCUUCUGCCACGGCUACCAGACGCGCGCCAUCGUUCCCACCUUCGAGGGCCAGGACCAGUUCGAGGGGACCAUCAUGCACUCGCAACAGUACCGCAGCCCCCUGCCCUUCAAGGGCAAGCGCGUCCUCGUGCUGGGCCUCUCCUCGACCACGGGCGACAUCGCCCCGGACCUGAUGCCCCACGCCGCCCACCCGGUCUACCUCUCGCACCGGCGCGGGGCGCUGCCCUUCCGGCGGUUCCGCAAGGGCGUCCCCAACGACACGCAGGUCACCUGGCGGCGGCGCCAGAUGUCCCAGCUCAUGCAGCGGUACUUCCCGGCCCUGGCCAAGCUCCUCGCGGACUACUUCCUCACCUUCUUCGCAAAGGUCAUGUUCCCCAACCUGAAGCCCGAGUGGAGGCUCCUGCCCAUCCCCAGCAUCCUCCUCAGGCUGCCCGGCAGCUUCGAGAACAUCAUGCCCUUCCUCGAGGACGGCAGCCUGCAGUCCGUGCACGGGCUGAAGCGGUUCCUGGGGCCCAAGAAGGUCGAGCUGCUGGACGGCACGGUGCUGGACGACAUCGACGCCGUGCUGCUCUGCACGGGCUACAGGGCCGACUGGGCCGUGGGGCAGUCCUUCAUGGAGACGAGCGUCCCCAAGGGCCACGGGUUCGCGGGGGACCCCAUCUACCGGAUGUGGAUGAACCUGUUCCCGCCAAAGUACGCGGACUCGUGCGCGUUCCUGUGCUACUCUGCGUUUGGCAAGUCCAACGGCUUCUCCUUCGCCGACGUGACGUCCAUGGCCAUCUCCAACGUGUUCCGCGGCGUCGAGCCGCUCCCGUCGCGCGGCGAGAUGGACGCCUGGAUCGACAGGCACCAGGAGUGGGUCGCCUCGCGGUGGGCGAUGGACCACAGCGCCGACACGAGCAUGGUGAAGCAGUGGGAGUUCCAGGGCUGGCUGCACCGCGCCGCCGGGACGGGCAUGGAGAACCUGAGCCCCCUGAGCUGGAAGGGCUGGAAGUUCUGGUGGAAGGACCGCAGGAUGUACAAGCUCAUGAACGACGGCGUCGAGACGGCGCACUCGUACAGCUUUCAUUUUCUUGCGGCUGAGGAAGGCGGUGAAGACCACGUAACACAAGAAUCAGAGGGGGAACCCGACAAGAAGCGAGGUCCAAUGGCGCCGCCCAAGAAGCAAGAUCUCGACAGGAUCCUCAAGUUCUGCGCGACACCGUCAAGAUCAGUCCCCUCGCCGCCCCUGCGCAGAGGCGAAGUGUACUGCCUAUCGAGCUUCACACGGAGGGCAGAGCAGUGGUACAAGCAAGAAGCAGGCAGGCAGAUCACACUGCGGAGCCGGGAGGCAGCAGCGGUGGGCAAGCGGCGGCAGCCAUCCCGAGCGGCCAAGGGCUCGUUCGAGCCGGGCGACUACGUCCUGCCCGAAGAUGAGAUAGACUCGCUUCUCCUCUCGGCAGCGAGCGCUCAGCAAUCCGGUAAAGAAAGCGGCCCCAAGACCACGGCGGGCGAGGCACGGCUGCCGACACCGCCGGAUGACGAAGACGACGAUUUAGACAGCCCACGAACCGAUCCAACAGACCCCGGGGAACAGGGCCCAGAGGCGCGGCUCAGCGACUUCCGCGCGCGGCUGGGCGGGACCGUCCGAGCAAAGGGCCAGGAGCUCCGGGCACGGCAUGACAGGGAGGGCGGCGUCCGGCACACGUGCACGGUGGGCGACAGCGGGUGGGACUGCGUGGACGAGGAGUACUGCGGGCACGGGCUUAUAGACCGGUGCGUGCGGUGGGUGCCGAAAGGGAAGGCGCACCUGCGGACACGGGUGCGAUUCGAGAUGGAGGCGUUCUUUUCGUCUGGUAACGGCAUCAACGACAAUAUCAACAACACCCCUGAGCGGCUCGCCGAGCUGAAGAGGGCCAGAGCCGCGGCGCUCAAGGCUGAAACGAUGCGACGGAUGGGAGGGAUCGAGUCCAGACUGCAGUCCGCCACCAGCGCCGCCGUCGACGCGGAGAUGCUCGAGAGCCCGACGCUGGGGCGGUGGCCUGCGGAGUCGCAAGGAUUUCUCAGGGAGGACGUCGGGGCGCAGAGGGUUGAGCUGGCCGGGCUGGCGUUUGCAGUGGACGUGUGUCUUGGUGAGCCGCGGGUCUUGAUGCUGUAG